GAGCUGAGGGGACAGCAAUCAGCACCUGGGAGACUUUGCACAACUGGCCAAGUUUAAAACAACCUCUGAAAACACCCAGCUGAAGAAAGCACCAAAACCCUGCUGUGGCUUUGGUUUUUAGUUUACUUUUCUUGAAGGACCGCAAGCAUUUUCAGUUGCUAUGUCUGUUCAGGAGCCAUAUGGAAAAAUCAGUUCUGUCCUGUUAGACUGGUUGCACAGUUUUGAUUUUCAUCUGCCUACAGAGAUCUGAAAAGUCUAUGUUCUUUUAUGCUUUUUUGGCAAAGAAAGCGAGUGGUCUGAGGAUCAUCCAGCCAGGAACAAAAUAGUACUGAAGAUGUCCUGGCUCUGGCUAUAUCUUCCUCUCCAUCUUCUCAUGGCAACUUGUUUGUGCCAUUCUAUAAAAGCACCCACCACCAGCUCCCAACAGAGCUUCAAGAGCAAUCUCUUCAAUUUCUACCACUCCCUGAUACUUGCAGAUGGUAAGGAAACUACAGUUCACCUGCUGAAGGACAUACCCAAAAGGUACUACUUUGUUUUGGAAGAGGGCAGGGCCCUUGCCCCUUUCUCAAUAACAGUGACACCCUGUGAUGUUCCCAUUGAGUGGAGCAUACUUGUGUACAAGUCUCCACCAGGAAAAGCAGCACCAGGUGACCAUGAUACACAAGAGGUCUCCAAAUCUCACAAGGCUUCAAGCAUCGUGUCCACUAUCUUCAACUACAAGGGAAAUUCCGUAGAGACUUACAUGGGAAUGUCUUCCCAUUCUGCCCUUUACCUGCUCGAGUUCUUAUCCACGGAGAGGGACACACACAUUACAGUGUACCUAACAACUGACACCACCUCUGGGCACCUCUACCCAGAGCUGCCAGCGGAUCCGCGCAUCGAUGUCAUCGGCAUCGGCCACACGACGGUGACUCUGGCCUGGAAACACAGCCCUUCUGUCUUGCAGCACACGGAGAGCAUCCAGUACUGUCUCCUAGUUAAUGAAAAGCACAACUACAAGAGCUUGUGUGCUGCUGAGACAGCCAUCAGAUCCUCUGGAAUGAAGCUGCCACCCACCUUAGCUCUGUCCCUGUCUCCGUACCUUCUGGAGCCGCAGCAGGUGAUGAUAUUGUCCAACAGCGAACUGAGCAUCAUCAACAAAGUCAGCAGUGGGGAAGUCAGGCAGGUGUGCGUGGGCACCAAGAACACUUACACAGUGCCCAACCUCAGCCCCAGCACUCAGUAUUACUUUGAUGUUUUUAUUGUCAAUCUCCUCACAAACGCCAGCGCUGCAUACACCGGGACAUUCGCCAGGACCCUGGAAGAACCUGAGCCCAAGGUGACAGAGCUGAAAGAUGGCAAAGUGAUUCAUGUCGUCCUGGAUGGGAAAAAGCAGAAACUCUACAGUCUGCAGUACCAGGCGAGGCACAAGAAAAUCCACUUCACCUUCCAGCUGUGUCGGGGUCAAAUACAGGUUCACAUAACAAGAAAUGGGAAAACAGUAGCAUCAGAAAAUCUCUCUGGGCUGAGGUAUUUCUCCCUGAAGGGAAAGCUGCUGGACACCUACUCAGUGCAGCUGAGGUCCACAGAGGAAUCUAACUCUUCUGUGAAGGUACUGGCAUCCCCCCAUUUCCACAAGCCCUUAUUCCCACUUCUUCCAGAGAGCUUAAAAAUCAAAUCGUUCAGUAAACUGAGAACAUGCAGGUCUGUGACCAUUGCCUGGCUGGGUACACAAGAGGAGAGCAAGUACUGUGUGUACAGAAAAAGGAUUGAGGAGGAUCAGGUCUGGAGGGAGCUGCAGAGUGCAGACAGCUGCUCUGGGCCUGAAUCUCGGCACAAAUCAGAGAAAGUGCUGUGCAAGUACUUCUAUGACCUAAACCUCCAGCGAGCUGUCACCACAGAAACCAUCAAAGGGCUGGAGGCAGGGACACUCUACUUGUUUGAUGUUUAUCUCUUUGGGCCGUCUGGCAUCCCUGUCAGGUAUCACAGCAAAGUUGUGAAGACCAGGAAAAAAUGUUGAAGGUUUUGAAUGAAAGUUUUAAAGUGAGUGAAUGCAGGUAGUAUCGAAAUCUACAUCAAGUCAAAGCCCCUGCAGUUUCAACUAUGCUGACAAACAAAAAAUUUAAAGCUGUAAGAUUCUACAGCAAAACAUAUCUUAGAUGAUUACACAUCUUCCUUUCUGUGUAAGGUGGGGUGCAUUUUUUCUUUCCUUGUCUCAUUCAAACAUUAAAAACAGAGUUGUGAAACAAACUCAUACCCAUGGAAAGAAAAUAGCCCAAGAGUACCCAUGAGAAAUAGACUGGUUACCUAAAAUAUUUCUGAAAUC